CCAGCAGAAAAGAUCCAGACACAACCAUGGCCAGAGUAUUGGGACUGCUGCUCUUCCUGUCAGCUCUCUGCUGCUCUCUAGCGGACAAAGUAGGUACCACAUCCACUGCACUAACAACAGCUCCAGGUAGAAGUUGCACUUAGGUGCAGAUCUAGGAUCAGCUUAACCUAUAGGACCAGCUUAACCUAUAGGACCAGCUUAACCUCGCAAAAUGCAUGAGGUGAAAAAUGCUAAACUGAGUCUAGAGUUCAUCACUACUGUUGCCAUGCAGACAGUUAACUUAAUCACUACUGUUGCAAUGCAGACAGUUAACUUCAUCCACUACUGUUGCCAUGCAGACAGUUAACUUCAUCACUACUGUUGUAAUGCAGACAGUUAACUUCAUCACUACUGUUGCCAUGCAGACAGUUAACUUCAUCACUACUGUUGCCAUGCAGACAGUUAACUUCAUCCACUGCUGUUGCCAUGCAGACAGUGUGUGUUUGUUGGUACUGUGGAGCUUUGAGCUCAUUUCUCUUACCUCUCCCAUGGCAGGUUGACCUUCGUCACACCAAGAAAGGGACAAGCUACUAUAAAGGUGAGCUUGGACUGCCCUCUCUGCCCCCUCACCCUCUUACCCCCCACUUCUGGCCCUCCCUUCACACCACAGGAGGCUGCUGAAUGGAGGAAGGCUCAUAAUAAUGGAUGGAAUGGAGUGAAUGGAAUGAUAUGUGUUGGAUACCUUUCCAUUUCUUUUCCGUUCCAGCCAUUACUUUGAGUCCGUCCUCCCCAAUUAAGGUGCCACCGGCCACCUGUGCUUCACACUAAUCAUGUGUUAGCUACAAUGAAUCAUUUGUUUGUGUAUCACCUACGCCUUCUCUUUUCAUGUGUAUACAUUAUGUAUCUGUCUCUCAUUUUGUAGUAAAUUACAUUACUAUGUGUCUGUGUCUCUCUGUGUUUUUGUCUUUGUCUCUGUCCCUGUGUGUGUUUCUGUGUGUAUGUGUCUCUGUGUAUGUGUGUGUGUGUGUGUGUGUGUGUGUGUGUGUGUGUGUGUGUGUGUCUGUGUGUGUGUGUGUGUGUGUGUGUGUGUGUGUGUGCGUAGCACGGUGUGUGGAUGGCCAGUCGGCUGUGGUGCGUAGUCUUGGGGACACGUGGAUGAGAUGGAGGCGACAGCGUGCGGAGUACUGCAGCUGUGCAUCACCAGGACGAGUGCGCUGUCACUAUGUGCCAGUCAUAAGUGAGUGGAAGCACACACAGACACACAUAUACAUAUACUGUAUAUAGAUACAGACACACAUAUACAUAUACUGUAUAUAGAUACAGACACACAUAUACAUAUACUGUAUAUAGAUACAGACACACAUAUACAUAUACUGUAUAUUGAUACAGACACACAUAUACAUAUACUGUAUAUAGAUACAGACACACAUAUACAUAUACUGUAUAUAGAUACAGACACACAUAUACAUAUACUGUAUAUAGAUACAGACACACAUAUACAUAUACUGUAUAUAGAUACAGACACACACACACGCUCACACCCCCCUCUAGGCUGGCAGAGUGACAACACUGUUCAGCUUGUUUUUGUGUCUAUGUAUCUUGUUCUCUUUUCCAGUCUUCCUUUUCCUCUGUUUUGUCUUUGUCUGAUCAACAGAACCCCCCCCUUCCCUCUGUCUGCCUGCCCCCAUCUCUCCACUCUGUAUUUACAGCAUCUCUCUCUUCUGUUCCCUUACUUUCCUCCACUAUGGCGAGUGGUUGGUGUCAUGGAGAGAGAGGGUGUAGUCUAGGAUGGAGAGUCAUUAGAACACCCACCCAUUGUGACUUCACUAUGUUUAAACACUCUUGGCAUAAACCCUCCCAUACACAUGUGCCUUCACCCCCACUGAACAACGCUAUGACGCAUGACCACCCAUCUGAUGACAGACAAAUCACUGUGAGGUCAUACGCUGUCAACAGAGACGUGAAACUGGGGUUGAAGCUGUUCUGAAAAAUAGAAAUGAUGAGAGAUUGUUUGUGAUGUAAAAGAAGUCAUGAAAUUUGGCAUAACAGGUGGGCUCUUCGUCUGUGGCCUAGUAAAUAUUGUUGUUAGAGAAAAAUAAAAAACAACAAAACUCUCCAUCCCUCUAGCCUGCUAUCAGUCAAGGUGCUACAACGGGGGGACCUGUAAGGAGGCGGUCUACUCCUCUGACUACCUGUGCCAGUGUCCACCAGGCUUCACUGGGGCUCAGUGUGAGAUCAGUAAGUAGAGCACAAUCAGAGACCACACUACACUGUCAAAUACUUCUCCUCUCGGAUCAUAUACUACUGAAAAACAAGGACAAGGAAUUGCUAUUGAGGCCUAUCUAUUAGCAUCUAGUAGUAAUGUUGGCUACUACUAUCAUUAGGCCAGUAGACACAUAGAGAAUGGUAGAACGCAAUCCUGCUACAAUGACUAAUAAAGAUUAUGGAGUUGUGGUCUGUGGUCUGCGGGCCAGCCGGAAAAUAAAAAUUGUUUACACCCCAGAAACCAAAAUCUGGAACACCAUGGAACUCAGUGGUUAGCUGACAUCAAUCUGUUUGUUUCAUUCCGUUGGGAGGCCAUUGUACACACCCCACCUGCUCAACAUUCAACAUGUAAAUUCAAAACACGUUGACGGUCUAAUGAGUGAGUUUACAGCCAAAAGAGUGAUCCCAGAGUCAUAUUAUAUGAUGUAAUCUAUCAGUGUCAUAAUUCAUCAUUGGUCAUUUUUUGAAACCACAACGGCCAAACUCUCUCCACAUGUGACUCUGAGUGAGCCUAAAAAGAGUGGUAUAUCCUCUCUACAUGAGUUUACUCAGUACUUACGCAUGUGUCGUUGCAUGGAUACCAUAAGAUCAGAGAGCCAAAACACAGAAGAGAUGUGUGAGUGAGUCCUUAGUCAUGUAACCAGGAUGCAUGACGAUAGGAGGAAGCCAUAGAGAAAGGGCGACAGCUAGACAGACACACAGAGAGACUCUAUCAGAUCAACAUGGUUGUUAUGAUAAUGUAUUUCCCCAUAGAUACCAUGUCUGUGUCCCAAAUGGCACCCUAUUCCCUACAUAGUGCUCUACUUUUCACCAGAGACCUAUAUGCCCUAGUCAAAAGUAGUGCGCUAUGAAGGGAAUAGGGUGCCAUUUGGGACAUAACUUAUGUGUUGGAUUGGAUAGACUAAUUUCUCUCCCUCUCCACAGACACCAAUGAGAAGUGUGUGGUGGGCCAGGGUAAAGGAUACCGUGGUAUGUGGAGUAUCAGUCGGACCGGCUCAGAGUGUAUCAACUGGAACUCUACAGCCCUCAGAGGGAAGACGUUCACAGCUAAGAGACCAGAGGCUAACAGCCUGGGGCUGGGCAACCACAACUUCUGCCGGUACACACACACAUACACACAAACACACAAAUGCACACACAUACACACACACACACGCAUACAUCAAUCGAGCACUCAAGAAAAAUAUUCCCCCCCCCUGUUCUCUCUCUCAGGAAUCCAGGCAAUGAUACUAAGCCAUGGUGUCAUGUCUACAAGGGAACCCAGAUAGCCUGGGAGUUCUGUACUCUCUCCAGCUGCCCUGCAGGUAAUGACAUGACAACAGAAUAGUAUACCAAUAUUUGGUUAUGUAGCGGACAUGAGUCAAGUCAUGGUCAUCUGAUGAGGUAGUCCAGCCCUGUGAACUUCAAAACCAGUGUCUGCCCUCGGCCCAAGAGGGAAUUUCCUCUUGGUCUAAGAUGUUUGUUUCUCCCAUGGGAGACCCGGGUUCAUAUCCUGCAUGUUACAAUGGCGCCGAACGUGGGGUGGUCUCUCAUGGGGGAGGAGGUCAAAGGGCAGUGAAUGUAGAGGACAUGAGUUGGUCAUGGUCACGUGAUGAGGGAGCCCCGCCUGCAAACUUCAAAACCGGUGUCUGCCCUCGGCAAUUUCUUCUUGGUCUAACCGUCUAAAACGUUGGUUGCUCUUGUAUGGUUCAUAUCCCGCAUGCUACAGUUACAUUGUUGCCUUGCCAAACUAUGACAAGUAGACUACUUUACUGACUGUGUGGUCCACAGCGUAAAUUAAAUCUGAGUUCACCUGUGCCUCACCCUGUGUGUUUUUCCAGACCAGAGCCCAGCAGAGUGUGUUCAGGGCUCAGGGCAGACGUACAGGGGGACGACGGCCAUCACUAAGAGGGGCUCCAGCUGUCUCCCCUGGGACUCACCCCUCAUCACCAACAAGUUCUACAACGCAUGGAGGUCUGAGGCCAGAGAGCUGGGGCUGGGAAGUCACAACUUCUGCAGGUAGGAUCAUAAACACACAGAGAAACUCUCUCUCACACAUGCAUACUGGACACAUACACUCAUGUACGUUGUGAUGUCACGAGAGGCUGUGUCCUGGAGGGACGUUACAUCCCCCUGAGAUGGCUGCAAACCCAGACAGCUAUGGCUCCAUCUGCUGGUAUGGUCGGGAACUCCACCCCUCUAUGGCCAAUCUUCCCACGCAGCUGAAACAGAUCAGGAGCUGAUGAGCUGGAGGUUUUGAAGGGAAGAGACACACUGAGAGUGAGUGUGUGGGUUGUGAAGUAACACAGUCUCCAACCUGGGCUCUCUGGAGGACAAGAGUGCUGCACGUCCACUUCCAUGAGGAAUAUAAGGAUUUGGAGAUACUUACCUUUGGGAAAUACUCACCUUUGGAUAUAUUCGCCUGUGGAACUACGGGAGAGACAUUGGGAAGGACUUUUUGCUGGGUUGGCCACUAGCUGCAACGUGGACUACAGUAAGGCUGGGGAAAAGUUAACUGAGCGAGUGAGAACUAUGAUUUUGGAUGUGGAAGAGACAUCCCUGAACUGUUAACCCUUAAAGAGCCACCAGAGAACAGAAUUUGGUUAUAUUUUCGUUAAUUUCCCAAGACCUUUAAUAAAAUCCUUGUUUUGUUUGAACCUUGUCUCCUUGCACUACUUGAGCAAUCCCGCUGAAAGCUGUGUAGCCUCUCGUGACGUCACAGAUGGUGGAGAAUACGGGCAGCUCAAGCGUUAAUAGUGCAUGUCAGAGGAGGAUACCGAAGGUUUGAUCACCCAGUUUUCCAAGUUGGCCGUAGGCUCCCCGCCGACUGAAAUGGAGGACAUAUUGAAAGCCCUGGUUGCUGGCCAGCAAGCCCAGAUGCAAGCAACCGUGGCUCUCUUGGAGGAGCAAAAGAAAGCCAACCUUCUGAAGGCAGAGGAAUUGCAGUUGCAGAGACAGAGGGUUGUCCAAAAUACCCGCCCAAUAAAGGCAAGUGACUUUAUAUCUAAGAUGGGAGCUACCGAUGACAUUGAGGCAUACCUGCAUGCAUUUGAGGCCACGGCCACUAGGGAAGCCUGGCCCAAGCAACAGUGGGUUGGUCUGUUAGCCCCCUUCCUAACCGGGGAAUCGCUGAAUGCUGUCCGGGACCUGGGCCCUGACCAGGUUACUGACUAUGAUGCCCUGAAGUCUGAGAUCCUCAGCAGAUAUGGACUCACAAAGUUUGGUAUGGCCCAGCGCUUUCACAGCUGGACCUUCCAACCAGACCAACCUCCUCGGGCGCAGAUGCAUGAACUUGUCCGAAUCGCAAGGAAAUGGCUGGAUCCGCAGAGGAAUACAGCAGCAGCGGUGGUGGAGGCCGUUGUGGUGGAUCGUUACCUACGCGCCCUGCCUUAUGAGGCAAAACGGUUCAUCAGUCAACAGGCCUUGACCACGGCUGAUCUGACCGUGGAAGCUGUGGAAAAGUACCAGGCCACAGCGGAGAUGCUGAAUGCUUCCCGAAAAGACCCCAGGAGUGCGGCCCCACCACAAAUGGGAAGAACCCGUCCAAAGGACCCCAAGGUCUCGAACCCAGCCACGUCAGGACUUAUCCCGGCUCCAGGGGGAGCCAGAAACCAGGCGGGUCCAAGAAGAGUACACCAGGAGGGGGAAACUCGACAGUGUUACCGGUGUGGGGAGAUGGGACAUAUCUCCUGGCAGUGUGGGAAACCAGCCGAUGAACCUAUGCCCACUGCGGAGUCCUCCAGCUCAGCACCCACACACCGUUUUGCCUCGCUCUUGGGAGUCGUAGAUGGCGGCCCAGAUCGACCCCCCCACCUGCCCGGUAACUGUGAAUCACCAUGAUGUGGAGGCCUUACUGGAUUCUGGUAGCCGGGUCACCCUGGUGCGUAAGGAUUUGGUGGGCCCAACGUGUCUGACCCCGGGGAAAGUCCUCCCAGUUUCCUGUGUCCAUGGAGACACCAGAGAAUACCCCAUUACUGAACUUACAAUGACCAGCACACGGGGAACCAUACACACGACGGCGGGGGUGGUUGAUUCCCUCCCCGUCCCUGUCCUAAUUGGACGAGACUGCCCAGCCUUUUACCCACUCUGGAGAGAGUCUCAGGAGAGGAUAACCCGAGUACCUCGGAAACGGAGAGGCAAGACUCAUCCUGGGAAGGCUCCGGUGCAAUCCUCCGAAUUACUCACUCCCGCCCGGGCUCUGAUAGGGAUGGCAGGUGCCCAGACCGACACAGAGACUGGUCCGGAUACGGGAGAAGAGAACGCAGCCCAGGAAAGUGCUCCGUUCUCCAGUGAAGAAGACGUCUCAGGCACCCAAGAGCUUCCCCCUCUCACAGGCCAGUAUGGUACGGCUCAAUUACAAGAUCCUACUCUUGCAAAUGCCUUAAGAAAUGUGCAGGUAUUAGAAGGUGUAGUGUUAGGUGAUAAGACAAACCCUACUUACCCCCAUUUCGCAGUAAACCGGGGGUUAGUAUAUCAGAUAGUCAAGAAAAAUGAUGAAGUGCAUGAACAGCUCCUCGUGCCACAGCCCUAUCGGGCCACAGUACUCAACCUAGCACACACACACCCGCUAGGGGCCCACUUGGGGGUAGAGAAGACUAAGGAAAGAAUCAUGCAACGUUUCUUUUGGCCAGGAGUACACAAAGAGAUAGAGAACUACUGCCGUAGUUGCCCUGAGUGUCAGCAGGUUGCGCCAAAGCCCACAUAUAGAAACCCGCUCAUUCCCUUGCCCAUUAUCGAAACUCCUUUUGAGAGGAUUGGAUUAGACAUAGUCGGGCCCUUACCGAAAAGUUCCAGGGGACAUCAAUACAUUCUGGUCAUUCUGGACUAUGCAUCCCGGUACCCGGAGGCCAUUCCGCUGAGGAAGGCUACAUCCAGACAAAUCGCCAAGGAGCUGUUCCGUCUCUCAACUAGUCUGGGAAUCCCAAAAGAGAUAUUGACGGACCAAGGGACUCCAUUCAUGUCCAGGGUGAUGAAAGAACUCUGUGCUUUACUGAAAAUCAAACAGCUGAGAACCUCGGUCUACCACCCCCAGACAGAUGGUCUAGUCGAACGUUUUAACAAAACACUAAAAUCCAUGCUGCGGAAAGCGGUAGGGGAAGAUGGGCGCAACUGGGAUCAGCUGUUACCAUACAUAUUAUUUGCGGUGAGAGAGGUACCUCAGUCUUCUACUGGUUUUUCACCCUUUGAGCUCUUGCUUUCCUACAGACCCAGAGGACUGCUCGACAUCGCCAAGGAGGCCUGGGAGGAGCAGCCAUGCCAACAGCGGACACUGAUCGACCAUGUCGGGGCUAUGAGGGAGAGAAUGAAGGCCAUCUAUCCCAUGAUGCGGGAACACCUGGAGGCCAGUCAGCGGCAACAGCAAGCCGCCUACAACAGAUCUGCUCAACCCAGGGAGUUUAAGCCGGGGGACAGAGUGCUGGUCCUGGUGCCAACCGUUGAGUGUAAAUUCCUGGCAACCUGGCAAGGACCAUAUGAGGUCAUUGAACGCGUGGGAGAAGUAAACUACAAGGUGAGGCAACCAGAUAAAAGAAAAACUGAGCAGAUUUAUCAUGUUAACCUCUUAAAGAAGUGGCACGCCAGAGAGGCGAUGUUCAGCUGUCUACCCCCCACAGAGACCAAGGAACCGGCGCGAGAAGAGGUUCAGCUGGGUCCAAAUCUGUCCCCACAUCAACGACAGAUGGCCCUGGAACUCGUGGAGCAGAACCAGGAUGCCUUCUUCGCUGCCUUUACCCCGACGAGGACGUCGGUCCCGAGGAGGGGGAUGUGUGAUGUCACGAGAGGCUGUGUCCUGGAGGGACGUUACAUCCCCCUGAGAUGGCUGCAAACCCAGACAGCUAUGGCUCCAUCUGCUGGUAUGGUCGGGAACUCCACCCCUCUAUGGCCAAUCUUCCCACGCAGCUGAAACAGAUCAGGAGCUGAUGAGCUGGAGGUUUUGAAGGGAAGAGACACACUGAGAGUGAGUGUGUGGGUUGUGAAGUAACACAGUCUCCAACCUGGGCUCUCUGGAGGACAAGAGUGCUGCACGUCCACUUCCAUGAGGAAUAUAAGGAUUUGGAGAUACUUACCUUUGGGAAAUACUCACCUUUGGAUAUAUUCGCCUGUGGAACUACGGGAGAGACAUUGGGAAGGACUUUUUGCUGGGUUGGCCACUAGCUGCAACGUGGACUACAGUAAGGCUGGGGAAAAGUUAACUGAGCGAGUGAGAACUAUGAUUUUGGAUGUGGAAGAGACAUCCCUGAACUGUUAACCCUUAAAGAGCCACCAGAGAACAGAAUUUGGUUAUAUUUUCGUUAAUUUCCCAAGACCUUUAAUAAAAUCCUUGUUUUGUUUGAACCUUGUCUCCUUGCACUACUUGAGCAAUCCCGCUGAAAGCUGUGUAGCCUCUCGUGACGUCACAACGUACACACACACACACACACACACACACACACACAUUUGUACGCACGCACCCACAACUUACACAUUCUCCUCUCUCUUUCUUUCAGGAACCCAGACGGUGAUCUCGGCCCCUGGUGUCACAUAUACAGGAACAUGCAGCUGACCUGGGAGCUCUGUGACAUCACCAAAUGCCGUGAGUAUCUCUGUUACCCUGUUACCAUGACUACUGUCCAAUAUGUCAACAGUAUGCAUCAUCGUCCUCUCAUGUGCCGGUCAAAUGACCACUGUCUUUCUGCGAAGAAAUGUCAUCAUCAUCAUCAUUAUCAUCAUCAUCACCAUCAUCACCUACAGUAGCUUACUGUAAUGCAUGUGAUGACUAAGAAGACAAGGAGUCAAAUGUCUGUCGGGAUUGCAAUGAGUGAAAUUGAGUGCAUUUGCAACUGAGUAUUUGAUAUCGAAUGUCAUAUUGAGCAGUAUCUGUUGUUUAUUCUUUAGCGAGGAAACCUACUACCAUCACUACUCUAGGCCCCAGGGCUCCCACCACUACCAACAACAGAGGUAGGAGGACAGCCACAAAACAACACAUUACAUUUACCUGUACACUUGUCUCCUUCCUCCACACCUCCCCCUCUCCUUCUCUUCCUCCUCCACACCAAACCCUCUCCUUCUCUUCCUCCUCCACACCAAACCCUCUCCUUCUCUUCCUCCUCCACACCAAACCCUCUCCUUCUCUUCCUCCUCCACACCAAACCCUCUCCUUCUCUUCCUCCUUAACACCUCCCCCUCUCCUUCUCUUCCUCCUUAACACCUCCCCCUCUCCUUCUCUUCGUCCUCCACACCAAACCCUCUCCUUCUCUUCCUCCUCCACACCAAACCCUCUCCUUCUCGUCCUCCUCCACACCAAACCCCCUCCUUCCCAUGAAUGUUGAGGUUUUUAAAUCUAAAAACAGAAAACAAUAUAUCGACUACCCCCCCCAUAGGUACCUGUGGACAGCGUGCUGACAGCAAUCAGAGUCGCCCCUCCUUACGUAUCCUGGGGGGGGCCCAGCAGAGUGACAUCACAGAGCAGCCAUGGCAGGCAGCCAUCAACGUGUUCCGGCCCAUUCACAAUGCACACUUCUACCUGUGUGGAGGGGUCCUCAUAGACUCCUGUUGGGUCCUCUCUGCUGCACACUGCUUCGACAAGGGGUGGGUUUAAUACACAAAUGCGCACACACGCACACACACACACACACAACACACACACACACACACACACACACACAAGUGUGACUCACUGAUCUGUUGUCUCUGCUAGGUUUAAACCAGAGCGUCUGCAAGUGGUUCUGGGCCGGACGUUUCGUAAGAACCCCUCCAGCAGUGACCAGAUCUUUGAGGUGGAGAAGUACUGGACCCACGAAAAAUUCAACGAGGAAACCUUUGACAACGACAUUGGUGAGCCAUUUUUACAUUACAUUUUAGUCAUUUAGCAGACACUCUUAUCCAGACCGACUUACAGUUAGUGAGUGCAUACAUUUUCAUACUGGUACCCCGUGGGAAUUGAACCUACAACCCUGGAGUUGCACGUACCAACUGUACCAACUGAGCUACAUGGGACAACACAAUGUUAAGCACUGACUCGCAAGAGGCUUGACAUGAUUAUGUAGCAUAUGUGAAGAGCCAUAAAGAACCAUUGUAACCAAAGUAAACCACAAUCCCUCAUUCUCUCUUUGCUCUCCUCCUCCUCCUCCUCCUCCUCCUCCUCCUCCUCCCUUCCCUCCCCCUCUCCUCAGUCUUGCUGAAGCUGAAGAGUGAUAUUGGCCUGUGUGCUGUGGACUCCCCGGAGGUCAUGCCCGCCUGUCUGCCUGACCCAGGCCUGGUACUGCCCGACUGGACUGAGUGUGAGAUCUCUGGCUACGGCAAAGAGAAGGAGUGUAAGACAGACAUCACCCUUUCUUUGAAAUGUUACUCUCUUUUUUAAACUCUGCUCAUGAAGCUUAGCUAAGUGUUGUUUCUGUGGUUUAUUUUCUGAUGCCCAGUAGAGGGCAGUAGCCUGAGGCACACUCAGGUUUUUGUGAAAGGGUGGAGAAGAAUGUUGAAAUACACUACAUGACCAAAAGUAUGUGGACACCUGCUCAUCGAACAUCUCAUUCCAAAAUCAUGGGCAUUAUUAUGGAGUUGGUCCCCCCCUUUGCUGCUAUAACAGCCUCCACUCUUCUGGGAAGGCUUUUUAAAAUGUGUAUUAUUAUAAUAUUUGUUUGUAUUUUACACCCUUUCUAUCCACAAUUUCGUGAUAUCCAAUUAUGAUCUUGUCUCAUCGCUGCAACUCCCCAACGGGCUCGGGGGAGGCGAAGGUCGAGUCAUGCAUCCUUCGAAACAUGACCCGCCAAACCGCGCUUCUUAACACCCGCCCGCUUAACCCGGAAGCCAGCUGCACCCAUGUGUUGGAGGAAACACUGUUCAACUGACGACCGAAGUCAGCCUGCAGGCGCCCAGCCCGCCACAAGAGCGUGAUGAGCCAAGUAAAGCCCCCCCGGCCAAACCCUCCCCUAACCCGGACGACGCUGUGCCAAUUGUGCGCCGCCUUUUGGGACUCCUGGUCAUGGCCGGUUGUGACACAGCCUGGGAUCAAACCCGGGUCUGUAGUGAUGCAGUGCCUUAGACCGCUGCGCCACUUGGGAGGCCCCUUUCUGGGAAGGCUUUUCACUAGAUGUUGGAACAUUGCUGCGGGGACUUGCUUCCAUUCAGCCACAAGAGCAUUAGUGAGGUCGGGCACUGAUGUUGGAUGAUUAGGCCUGGCUCGCAGUCGGCGUUCCAAUUCAUCCCAAAAGUGUUUGAAGGGGUUGUAAUGGUGAAACAGGAAAGGGCCCUUGCCCAAACUGUUGCCACAAAGUUGGAAGCACAGAAUCGUCUCGAUUGCCAUUGUAUGCUGUAGCAUUAAGAUUUCCCUUCACUGGAAUUAAGGGGCCUAGACCGAACCAUGAAAAACAGCCCCAGACCAUUAUUCCUCCUCUACAAAACUUUACAGUUGGCACUAUGCAUUGGGGCAGGUAGCGUUCUCCUGGCAUCCGCCAAACCCAGAUUAGUCAGUCGGACUGCCAGAUGGUGACGCGUGAUUCAUCACGCCAGAGAACGCGUUUCCACUGCUCCAGAGUCCAAUGGCGGCGAGCCUUACACCACUCCAGCCGACGCUUGGCAUUGUGCAUGGUGAUCUUGGGCUUGUGUGCAGCUGCUCGGCCAUAGAGACCAAUUUCAUGAAGUUCCUGACUAACAGUUCUUGUGCUGACGUUGCUUCCAGAGCAGAGCAUGUGAGCGAAGUUGAGCGGUUGGAAAUCCCGCUCAUCUCUCAUGGAGCGGUGCGCAACGGCGAUCCAUGUCCUUUCCAUGUUCUUUCCAACUGCUCCGCUCCGCUCUCACAGAAAAGAAACUCCAAAUUCGCUCCAUUCAUUAAAAUCACAAUUUAACCAACACCCAUCUUAUUUUUGUGACUACCUGGAUCUACCAUUUGGUUUUGAAGUAUUGAAACCAAACCAUAUCGAUUUGGUGAAAAGCUGAAAGUAAGAAGCACACAUAAUUUCAAAUAGGCUACAUGUCAUAUUAAACAGCAAAUAAACACUCUAAAAAGGUCAGGAGCCAGACAGGGAGCCUAAGAAGGAACGAAAAUUAAUUAUUUAGGUUCUAUUAUUUCAAUUAUUUCAAGGCUAUAGCCUACAAAGAAAUACAUUGUGAAACAUUUGCGAGUGUGACACACUAGACUGGUAGGGACAUAAAACGCUCAGCAUUUAAACAACAUUUAGUUGUAUUAAAUAAUUAGUCUAUAAAUUGCGCAUAUAGGCUGUGACUUACUUAGAAUGAAAUACAAAUUAAACGAAAAAAUAACUUGUUUUUAGAAACACAAGUUUGGCCAGUCUGUGGCUUCAGGCUCAUGCGAUGGUGCCUGGAGAGCCGGCCAGCAGCGGAGAAUAUCCUCUCCACCCCUGCAGAGCCACUGGGGAUACUAAACACCCUUUGGGCCACUCUUGCCAGGCUGGGCAGAGAUACAGAGUUGUUUUUUAUUUUUCUGUAGGUAGGCCUAAAGGUUUUUAGGCAAAAUAACUCAAUCAAAACGGAAAGCUUCUUGAACGUGGGAAUAUGCCAGGCCUAUUGGGCCAAAAUCAAUUAUGGCCUAUUGUAUAGAUAAUAGAACAAAAAUGAACUCAAUGUUUAAGAGAUCUGAUUUUUAGUUUAUAAAUACUUUGCUACAAUGACACACUUAGUUAUCUACCCACCUCGUUCCUUUCUUUUAGCAUGGGGCACGUAGGUACACCAUCAUGCUUUCGGGAUGUGUGUCUUUUCAGAUUCCACAAUGAUUCUUUAGUUGUGGACACUACAUCACCGCACUCCCUCUCUUGGUCCUUAACUUUGUAAGUCACCUAAAUUUAGCACCUGUAUGUUUUAGCAGUUUCUUUAUGAAAAUAUUUAGCGAACUCCAUGACAGUAGCUAAAGCAAAGGGCUAUAGCAGCACACAAGUAGACUACAAAUGCAUGCUGGGCCGGGCAUGCGAGAAGGCAGACACUCCAGCCUUUGGGAAUUGUAGUGUCGAGUCAAAUUGUUGCUAAUAAUGCUGUAACAAAGGAGUCCACUCAUACUGAACUUUGAUCAUAAGGUUUAUUCAUAUCACAAGAUUUCAGCAUAAGUUUACGGAUGUCAUGACCACCCGGAGAGCAGUGGUUCCCAAAUUGCAAUGUCUGCUCUGGUCUUCUUUGUUCAAACCCAGUAUAUAUAAUCUUCCCCAAAACAUGGGUUGCUCCCUUUACUGUCCAAUCCCCUGUCUUGUAUGGGGCGUCACCCUAAAAACGGCUCUCUUUGAACCUAAAUAAACAUCCCCUCAGGUUCCACUUGAAAACAUUAACAAAGUCAUAAUCUUAAUACACUACAUAUUCUCGCACCGUGCUCCAGUCAAAUUGGGCACGCUCCACUCCUCGCGCCGCUCCAGCGCCGCUCCGCUCCCAUACUCUGUUCCAGAGGCAAUUUGGAACUUGGUAGUAAGUGUUGCAACCGAGGACAGACGGUUUUUACGCGCUACUCGCUUCAGCACUCAGCGUUCCCUUUCUGUGAGCUUGUUUGGCCUACCAAGUUGCGGCUCAGCCGUUGUUGCUCCUAGACGUUUCCACUUCACAAUAACAGCACUUACAGUUGACCGGGGCAGCUCUAGCAGGGCAAAAAUUUGACUAACUGAUUUGUUGGAAAGGUGACAUCCUAUGACGGUGCCACAUUGAAAGUCACUGAGCUCUUCAGUAAGGCCAUUCUACUGCCAAUGUUUGUCUAUGCAGAUUGCAUGGCUGUGUGCUCGAUUUUACACACCUGUCAGCAACGGGUGUGGCUGAAAUAGCCGAAUCCAGUAAUUUGAAGAGGUGUCCACAUACUUUUGUAUAUAUAGUGUACCUAAAGCUCCCGAGUGGCGCAGUGGUCUAAGGCACUGCAUCGCAGUGCUAGCUGUGCCACUAGAGAUCCUGGUUCAAAUCCAGGCUCUGUUGUAGCCGGCCGCGACCGGGAGACCCAUGGGGCGGCGCACAAUUGGCCCAGCGUCGUCCAGGGUAGGGGAGGGAAUGGCCGGCAGGGGAUGUAGCUCAGUUGGUAGAGCAUGGCGUUUGCAACGCCAGGGUUGUGGGUUCGAUAAAAUAAUGUAUGCGCUAACUGUAAGUCGCUCUGGAUAAGAGCGUCUGCUAAAUGACUAAAAUGUAAAGCAGUGUUUCUUAAUCCUGGUUCUGGGGACCCAAAGGGGUGCAUACACUACAUCUUUUUUUAUUUAGCUAUCUUUUUUUAUUUAGUCUAGAGAUAAAUGUUAUAUAGGCUAUAGGUGUUAGCGAGGGCAUGGAGGAAUGCAGGCCGACAACAUGUGUCCAGAGCUUAACACCCUCCCCCUUCCCCUCUCUCCAUAGUUGAUGCGAUGUACUCUGAGCGGGUGAAGAGGGGUCACGUGAGGCUGUGGCCUCAUGACCGCUGUGUCCCUAAUAUCUUAUCUGGGCGUCUGGUCACCUCUAACAUGCUGUGUGCCGGGGACACCCGGGGUCUGGACGACGCCUGCAAGGUGAAGAGGGCUCUUCUUCUUUCACCUUCCUAAGACCCAAACACUCUCUGACUGCGUCCCAAAUAGCACCAUAUUCCCUAUAUAGUGCACUACUUUUGACCAUAGCCCUAUGGACCCUGGUCAAAAGUAGGGCACUAUAUAUGUAGGGAAUAGGGUACCAUUUGCCAUGCAGUAUGCAGCCCUAAGCCCCAAACACUCUCUGCAAGACUAAGCACUUAAAUAACUAAUUAGCUGGUAUGAUUGGAACAAGUAUGUAUCAUGUUGGAUGUUAGUGCUACUGAUAAUAUUUAUAAAAUGUACUGUAGGCCUCCUGAUGAACCAUGACUGAACCACAACUGACACAUGUCCCUCAUCUCCUCCUCCUCCUCUCCUAUGCAGGGGGACUCUGGCGGUCCCCUCGUCUGUCCCAAGGAUGGCAGGAUGACUCUGAUGGGGCUGAUCAGCUGGGGAGAUGGCUGUGGGAAGAAAGACACGCCCGGGGUGUACACACGUGUUACACAAUACACUGACUGGAUCAGCAGCAAGAAACAGGAAACUAGCCAGUAAACAAACACACAAACAUACACACAAACAGUACAUACACCUGGAGAGAACUUGUGAGAGAAUUCAUCUGACUCUGUCAUCAGAGAAUUCAUCAGACUCCUGUCCAUCAAUCACCAUGAAUGCCUUAACCGAGGAAUGGACAAACACUCAAUGCACAAGAGGAACCUCCAGUACUCCAAUACAUUCUGUGUUACGUAUUGUUUAACUCUUGGGCUGAGAGGGAGAAUGCAGUAAGGUCAGAAGAAACUCAGAACACUACACCUCGAAAGUGAAAAUACUUUUACUCAGUCCAGCUCAGUGCCUUCCAGCUGAUUCCUGUUCUACCCAAAGCUACAUGUAAAGUAUAUAUUUAGAUAUAUGGCUCUGGUUCCACCACUCCAUACGCAGCUCACAGAAUGUACUUUGCACACAAGGUUCCAUAGGAAUGUAUAUAGCCACUCUCAUGAACAUUUUCCAGUUCAUUUAGAGUUAAUUUUACAUGGGCGGCUUGCUGUCUGAAUGUUGCAAUGUUACCCUCCUACCCCACUAUAGCACUAACCACAAAACAAUCUGCUGGAUCAGAGUCAAUCGAAGACAGCGGCUACAUUCCAAACUGAAAACCCAAACCCAUUCCUCUGCAUUUGUUGACUCCAUCAGCACCUAACAGUUCUGAAUGGGCGUAAGAAAUAUGGGAGG